GGGGUUUUUUUUUAAGAAGUACGCGCGCCCCGGUGAGAGGAGGAGGAGGAGGUGCCGGGGGGGGGAUGUGGGGUCGGGCAGUGAGAGAGCCUUCGUCUGCACCUUCACAUCUCUCGGCCGUCCCUCCUGGCGAGCACGGAGUGAUUGUCGCAGAGCGGGGACACGCGCCCGGCAACCCCGUGGUGCAGGCUUCAAUACAGCGGAGAAGGGUGUUUUCUAAAGACGUGGAGUGUAAAUUAAGAACAUUAGAUUGAUGCCUCCCCUUAAAUCACAAGUGGCAAGCAUGUCACAUCGGAGGAGAAGGAGGCUUGAAGACACGCAAAAUCUGCUUGGCUCAGGUCCCAUAUCCUGGUGAAUAAAGUGGCGAGCCAGUUAAAGGAAGCAGCGUGGAAGCAGACACACCACGAUGGAUAUCAUCGAAUUUCUGAACGUGCGGAACAUGUCCAGGUUUUAUCAGUCUAACUGGAGUGAAAUGCCUCCGCUUGACCUGGACCAUUGCCAGACACCACAGGCAGUCAGAUCGUUCGUGAUUGCCACCUACUGUGUGCUCAUAGCCCUGGGGCUACUGGGAAACUCGUUGCUUGUGCUGGUCAUUCUGCGUCACAGCGAGCUUCACAAUGUGACAAACAUCCUCAUCGUCAACUUGGCGUUCUCUGACAUGCUGGUCGGCCUCGUGUGCCUGCCCCUCACCAUCGCCUACACACUCAUGGACCACUGGAUCUUUGGAGAGGCACUCUGCAAGGGCAGCCCCUUCCUGCAGUGCUCGGCCGUGAGCGUGUCUAUCUUCUCGCUGGUGCUCAUCGCCAUAGAGAGGCACCAGCUCAUCAUCAAUCCCACCGGCUGGAAGCCCAGCCUCAACCAUGCCUACGUAGCCAUUGGUGCCAUCUGGGUGACAGCUUUUGCAAUGUCCUCUCCAUUUCUUGCAUUCCAUGUGCUCACCGACGAGCCAUACCGCAACCUGUCACACUAUUUCCCAGAUUAUGGCGAGAAGGUGGCGUGCAUUGAGUUGUGGCCCUCGGACACCUCCAAGUUCGCAUUCACCACCAGCCUGCUGGUGUUUCAGUUCAGCUGCCCGCUGCUCUUCGUCUUCCUCUGCUACCUGAGGAUAUUCCUGAGACUGCGGCAGCGCAAGAAGAUGCUGCCGACAGGAAGGGAGGGCGGGGGCAACGGAGUGAGGGCCUCGCACAUGAAAAAGAUUAAUAUGAUGCUGGUGGCCAUAGUCGCAGGGUUUGCCAUCUGCUGGCUGCCACUCUAUGCCUUCAAUGCCGUUUCUGACUGGAACCCAACUUUACUACUUCACUGCCAGCAUGACCUCAUCUUCUCGCUGUGUCACCUGACAGCCAUGCUCUCCAUCUGUAUAAAUCCAAUAUUCUAUGGGUUUCUCAACAAUAACUUUCAGAAGGAGCUCAAGGCUACAAUACUGUGCUGCCAGUGCAACCCCGUGGAGGAGGACUUGGAGAACUUCCCCCUCUCCACAAUGAACACGGACAUUUCAAAGGGGUCCUUGCGUUUCAGCUGCAAAAACAGCUCUGCAUAAAAAAAAUAUAUAUAUGAGUAUCCCUCGAUUUCCGAAGGGGUGUGUUCUUCAAAAAAACACGUGUCAAACUAAAUUUCGUAAAUUCGAAUGGUUUUUCCCAUUAAUGAAAAAACUUAAAAUAAAGGAUGUGUUUCGGACAGUCGAUCCAACUCUACUCCUCACCGAAAUCGAUACACACAUCACUUAUCGCAAUACAAUGUUUGUUUUAUGAAGAACAUAACGAUUACAACGAUUGAAUAGCGAGUCUCAGAUAAAAAAAACAAUUUACCUUUUCAGGCAACUCGCAAAAAGAGCUGCAUUUUAGAAUGACUGUAAAGGUGAUGUGGAGGCGUUGAUGUUGCACUGAUACUGUGAUACUGUUGCAGAUGGUUGAGACAGCCUCCUGGGUGGCUCUUGUUUGAUUUCAUUGCAGGUGCCGUGUGAACUUGCGUGAACGCGGAAAUUGGAUUUCGUUGAUCGAAAAGUGAAAUGUUGUAAACCAAACGCGCGCAAAUCGAGGGAUACCUUUACAUAUGAACAUUGCAAUGCAAAACAGUGCUGCAUUUUGCAUAUUUUGAAGUUGCCUUGCAAGUCUAAUUGUGAGCUUCAUUGCUGCAUUCUUUUUGCACUAUGUAAUGUCACGUAAAAUCAUUGUAGAGAUAUGUGUAUCCAUAUAUCUAUAUGUGGUUUUUGUAACUUAUUUUGUCUAAAAAAAACGGAUUUUCUACAAUGGAAUGCUUUGGGAGAAGGGGCUAUCCUGCAUGUACAGUGUUGUUGCGCUGUAAUGUAAACAUUUACUAAUGUUUACUAUUGUGUAUGGUGUUAUUUUUCUGUAGUAGUCACGUAAUAUCACAUCUUUUAAAAUUAUGCAUUAACGUUAUUGCAUUAUGUUCACCCAUUCUGUGGUAUGUCAGGCACACAUUACUUAAAUCUGAAUCAUAAAAAAAAAUGUUAGCAUAUGCUGUGCUAUCAUUUUGUCAUUAAUAAACAUAGCACCUCCAUAUUCCAGAGGGUGUAUAACGUUCAACGUUUAAUUGGAAUUGAUAAACUACCCGAAUCUUUUAUUGCAUUUGUGUCUUUUGCAGUCAUGCAAUAUAUGCUGCUGUGUAGCAAUUACCACUUUCAGAAUAUUGAUUAAUAACCAGUUCACGUUGCAUAUAAGUAGAUGUGUUUAACUUGCCAAUAUAUGACGCACAUGCCAAUUUGAGUGGUUAUAGAGCAUUCAUGUUUGAUGUAAAUAUUGUAUUUGAGCACACAUUUGCUUCAGCCUUACAUGUAACAGCAUUUGCUUAAAUAUAUGACGGUAUAAAAACAACUUAAUCGCGUGUAAAUUUGAAGGGUUUUACGUUAACGUACUUUUAUUUCUUUAAAGAAACAGAUUAAAACAAUAUACCACGUGUGUUACACUAUGUAUCUAAUGAGAGUUUAUACUAAAAGCACUCAAAGCAGCAAAAUAAGUUUACCGCUUGCUUUGAAUAUUUUUACCCAUACUUUGGGUAAAUUGAAUGAUUUAUUAUCCCCAAGAAUUGUAUGGAUACUUUUUGGGUCAAGUGAUCUGUAAGGUGGUAAAUGUUGGGUAGUGUUUAUUUUAUUUUAUAUCACAUUUCUCGAAUCCAGCACUGAUUGAUGACACACCCAUGUACAGAAAUGUGUUUUAAUAAGUGUAUCGAUUGACAAGUUAAUUACAUGUUACAUAAUUGCAUAUGAAAUAUGUAAAAAAAAAGAAUACAGUAUAAGCUUUUAUUAACCUGUAACGGUAAAUUCCUGGUCCAUUUGAAUGAAGGUCUACUGUACAUUUUGAUAUUGAUUGUAGAUGUUACGUAUUACUCAGCUUCGGUGUGUGCUAGAUAAAUGUAAAUCUAGGUUUUGCAAUAGCUGUUUGGUCCGUCUGACUUUGCCUUACGAGCAUACGAUUGUUGUUGAGUUUUUUUGCUGUGACGAUCAUAAGUGACUGGAAUGGUUCAUAUGACGUGGUGUUGGUGUCUGUUACUAAGGAUUGGAAUAAAGUUACAACAGUGCUA